AUGAACAAGGCGCUUAUUGCAGCAGUGAAGGAAGGGGAUGUUGUGAAGACAAGAUCCAUUCUUGAGGAUGAGGCAAUUGAUAUAAUCCAGGAAGACGUAGAAGAUACAGAUGGGAAGACAAUUCUCCACAUUGCUUCAGAAGAAGGGCACAUCCAGUUGGUAAAAUACAUCAUUGACGUGAGGGAUAAGUUUAUUCAGCAGAGCGGGAAUGAUGACAAUUGUCCUCAAGAUGAGUCUCAGAGUCGUCUUCGGAAUCUCGCUCAAUAUCUGGAUAUCAAUGAGAGUGAUAAUAAUGGUUUUACACCUCUCUACCUUGCCUCAAGGUUUGGUCAUUUAGAUGUGGUUGAAUGUGUAGUCAGACAUGGAGCAGAUGUAAACAAAGCAACAUCAGAUGGCGAUACACCCCUUUGUAUUUCAUCAACUAACAGUCAUCUGGAUGUGGUUGAAUGUCUCGUAAGUUCGGGGGCAGAUGUAAAUAAGAUGGGGAAGAGUGGGGCAACACCUCUACAUUACGCAUCAGACAAUGGUCAUUAUGACAUUAUGAAAUAUCUUAUUUCUCAAGGAACGAACCUGAAUAGUGUGGAUGACCUUGGCCAUGCGCCUCUACACCUAUCAUCAGAGAAGGGUCACUUUGAUAUUGUAAAACACCUCAUUGCUGAGGGUGCAAACAUCAAGGCAGAAAAUAACGAGGGGAUUUCACCGCUAUAUGUGGCUGCACAGGAAGGUCAUUAUGUUAUCGUGGAAUAUCUAGUGAGUGCAGGAGCAGAUGUCAAUAAAUCAGAUGAAGAUGGACGGACACCUCUUCAUGUGGCGUCACAGAAUAAUCACAUAGAUAUUGUAAAAUAUCUGAUUGCUAAGGGUGCAAACAUCAACGCAAAAGAUGAUCAGAAGGCUUCCCCAUUAUAUCUGGCUUCACUUGAAGGCCAUCUUGAUAUCGUUAAAUGUCUGGUGAAUGCAGGAGCAGAUGUCAAUAAAUCGACUGAAAAUGGAUUGACACCUCUUCAUGUUGCGUCAGAAAACAAUCACAUAGUUAUUGUAAAAUAUCUCAUUGCUGAGGGUGCGAUCCUGAACGUAAGCGAUGAGGUAGGAUUUACACCAUUAUUUCUGGCUUCAUUUAAUGGUCAUCUUGAAGUUGUUAAAUGCUUAGUGAAUGAAGGAGCAGAUGUGAACCAAAGAGAAAUUAAGUAUCGUCGGACAGCUCUUGACCAGGCUUCACAAGAAGGACAUAUAAACAUCGUGAAAUACCUAAUUUCUAGCGGAGCUAAAUUCAAUGGCGCAGAUAGCAAUAACCCUUCACCAUUACAUUUAGCAUCACAUGGAGGUCAUCUGGACGUUGUAAAAUACCUCAUCACCAAGGUAGAAGAUCUGAACUCAUUAGAUGAUAAGGGAGUUACACCACUGUAUGUCGCUUCACUGGGAGGACAUCUUCAUAUCGUUGAAUGUCUGGUGAAUGCAGGAGCAGAUGUCAAUAAAUCGAAAAAGGAUGGAUGGACACCUCUUCAUGUAGCGUCUCAGAAUGAUCACAUAGAUAUUGUAAAAUAUCUCAUUGCUGAGUGUGCAAACAUUAACGCAGAAAGUAAUAAUAAGAUCUCACCUAUAUACAUGGCCUCUAUGAAAGGUCAUCUUGAUAUCGUUGAGUGUCUAGUGAAAGCAGGAGCAGAUGUAAAUAAAUCGACCGAGGAUGGACGAACACCUCUUCAUGAAGCGUCUCAGAAUGAUCAUAUAGAUAUUGUAAAAUAUAUCAUUGGUGAGGGUGCAAUCCUGAACGUAAGAGAUAAUGAAGGCUUUACACCCUUAUUUUUGGCUUCAUUAAAUGGUAAUCUUGAAGUUGUUAAAUGCUUAGUGAAUGAAGGAGCAGAUGUAAACCAAAAAGGAAAGUAUCGUCGCACAGCUCUCGACGAUGCUUCACAUAAAGGACAUAUAAACAUCGUAAAAUACCUAAUUUCUAAUGGAGCUAAAUUCAAUGGCGUAGAGAGCAAUAACCCUUCAUCAUUACAUUUAGCAUCGCAUGGAGGUCAUCUGGAAGUUGUAAAAUACCUCAUCACCAUGGUAGAAGAUCUUAACUCAUUAGAUGAUAAGGGAGUUACACCACUGUAUGUCGCUUCACAGGGAGGAAAUCUUCAUAUCGUUAAAUGUCUGGUGAAGGCAGGAGCAGAUGUCAAUAAAUCGACUGAAGAUGGAUGGACACCUCUUCAUGUAGCGUCACAGAAUAAUCACAUAGAUAUUGUAAAAUAUCUCAUUGCUGAGAGUGCAAUCAUCGACGCAGAAAGUAAUAAUCAGAUCUCAUCCAUCUAUCUGGCUUCAAUGAGAGGUCAUCUUGAUAUCGUUAAAUGUCUGAUGAAUGCAGGAGCAGAUGUCAAUAAAUCGACUGAAGAUGGACGGACACCUCUUCAUGUAGCGUCACAGAAUGAUCGCAUAGAUAUUGUAAAAUAUCUCAUUACUGAGGGUGUAAACAUUAACGCAGAAGAUGAUGAGGGGAGAUCGUCCGUAUACACGGCUUCAAAGAACGGUUAUCUUGAUAUCGUUGAAUGUCUAGUGAAUGCAGGAGCAGAUGUCGAUAAAUCGGAUGAAGAUGGAUGGACACCCCUUCAUGUAGCUUCAGAUAACAAUCAUAUAGACAUUGUAAAAUAUAUCAUUGCCAACGGAGCAAACAUCAACAUAAUGGAUACCAACCAGAUGACAGUAUUAUGUUUCGCUGCAUGGCAAGAUCAUUUUGAAAUUGUUGAAUCUCUAGUGAAUGCAGAAGCUGAUGUUAACAUGGCCACAAAGGAUGGCAAAACAGCUCUUCAUGCUGCCUCUCAUAAAGGCUAUCUAAAUAUCAUACAAUAUUUCAUUACGCAUGGGGCAGAUAAAGAGGCACGUGAUAAUAACGGUUGGACAGCUUCGCAUUUUGUUGCAGCGAAUGGUCACUUAGAGUGUUUGAAAUAUCUCCUGAGGAACAGAACUACCGAUGAAGUUGAUGAUAGUCACAACGCUCUUGAUGGAAAUAUACAGACGUUAAAUGGUGUCACACCACUAAUGGUUGCAGCGAGGGGAGGACAUGAAGAAUGUGUUCGGAUGUUGCUUGAUAACGACGCAGACAUAGAGAUAACAGAUAACGAAGGAUGGACAGUCCUCCAUCAUGCAGCAGCAAGUGGGAAUGUAGCAGUUGUGAAUUAUCUACUGGAUCAGAAAGACCUACUGAGUUCAAGACGUUCAAGACGAGGUUAUUCACCUUUAGAUGUUGCAUUGCGAGCAGGAAAAGCUGGAACUGCACGGAUUCUCCUUGAUAAGAUAAAACAUGACACAUCGGUAAUACACCAGAGCGAUCGUGAAGGAUUUACACCUCUUCACAUUGCUAUUGAAAUUGGAUUAACAUCAAUCGUUGAAGAGUUGAUUUUUCUCGGUGCUGAUUUAAACCAGGCAUCAAACGAUGGCCAGACACCAUUACAUACUGCUAUCAGACUAUGUAACUGUAAGAAGAGACAAGUUGAAAUGACACCAGCUUUAGACCAGAUACAGCAAGAGAGUGAUGACACCCUAUCACCGCCAGAAGCUUUGAUACAACUCCUAGUAAAUCAAGGAUCUAAGAAAGGCAUCAAGGAUAAUGGCGGGUAUUUUCCAGUGCAGUACGCCAAGGAUGAGCACAUUAAGCAAAUGGCAUUCUAUAGGUCAUCGGAAGAAGAUUUUGAUACCCAACGUGGCAAGUAG